AUGUCGGUCCUGGACUUUGAUGAAGGCCUCAAUCGCGCAUCCUGGGCAUCCGAAUUCUGGCAGAGCCUGUACCGCGAGGAAGCAGACAAGGCCUUGGCGACUGCCAGCAAGGCCCUGCAGCAAGCCCGGGACGCAUCGGCAAGGGCGAUAGCUCACAACGGCAUCGCUCGAGCGCACCUGCUGGCUCGAGAGUUCCUCAAGGCUGAAGAGGCAGCAAAGCAGGGGGUGGAAGCUGCACGUGGAGCAAAGGACUCCUCCGAUGUACUGGCUCACUGCAUCGCCGCCAAGGCGUUCUUGGCGCAUUUCCGACUUGACGAUGCCUUCCAAGCAGCCGAAGCUGCGGUUUCGCUCGCGCAGCAGAAGGGCAAGUCGAUUCAGGCUGCGGCGCUGACCACACGCGCGCAGGUCUGCCUUGCGCGAGACAAGAAGCAAGAGGCGAGUAAGGUUGCACGGCAAGCUGCGGCUUUGUUCAGAGAGUGUGGGGAGAAAGGUGGCGAGGCAAUGGCCCUGGAGGUUUUGGUCCGAGCAUGCCUUGUGGCGAAAAAGGGCAACGAGGCUCUCCGUGCUGCAAACGAGGUGCUGGCACUGUGUCAAGACGGAGCAGACGCUGAGUCCAGAUCGCUGCUUCUUGUUGCCAAGACAAAGCAGGCUCUGGGAGAUGCCCAGGAAGCCCAAGAAGCGGCUCAGAAAGCAGUUGCUCUCUACGAGAAAACGGACAAUCGGCAGAUGCAGGGCAUCACGCUGAAGCAGCUGGCUGAAAUCUGCUUUGCAGGUGGUGACAGCAUCGACGGUUGGCAGUACACCAAAGAAGCUCUAGAAUGCUUUCGCGAAGUGGGCCACAAAAGUGGUGAGGCAACCACUUUAUGCCAGAUUGCAGCAGCACAUGUGGACAAUGGCUCGUGCGAGGAGGCUCUGCGCAUCGCAGAGGAAGCGGUCACCCUCUGUCGCGACAACAAUUUCAGGACACAGCUGGGGACCACUCUCAGUGUCAUGGCGAGUGCGCACGUGGCCCAACUCCCGACAGCCCGCAGCGAUCAGCAGGAACAGCAGAUCAACUGGAAGGCCCGAUUGGCUGGCAAAGAAGCCCUUGGAAUACAACAAAGCGUUGGUGAUCGUGUCGGUGAAGCCCAGACGCUGAAGAGCUUGGCAUCUGCUUUCCUGAACUACGGAAACGCAGCUGAGGCUCGCGCAAAAGCCAAACUUGCUGUUGACAUUGGCAAGGAGAUUGGGAACAAGCGAAUAGAAGGUGAAAACCUGCUGCUGGUCGCCCAGUCGAAGCUCCAUGAAAACAAGGAAGAAGGGGCACGUCUUGCCAGACUGUCGGAGAAACUACUGCGAGAAGCAGGAGCUUCAUCUGCUGCUAGAAGUGCUGGAGAUGUCUACGAUUUCAUUCGAGACUAUGGAGUCCAGCGCAAGGAGACGAAGAAAGACCGGCCAAAGCAGGAAGCAGACGUCAAAACGGACAUCACCAUUGACAUAGAGGAAGGGAAGCAUCGGCUCGGAUACUUUCACGGCUUUACGGCUCGGGCUGUUCGUCCUCGCGCAUAG